AUGACUAUCCAAACAUCAGCUGGACUAACGGCUCGGCUCUUCGCUAAGAGAGCGUCUUUCCCUGCAUCUCGUCAGUGUCAGAGACAGUUCAGUGCUGCGCGCCCGGUCCUUAAGGAGAUUCAGGACGCCUAUAUUCUCAGUGCUGCUCGCACUCCCACUGCGAAGUUCAAUGGCUCCUUUGCCUCCGUUUCUGCCCCCGAAUUGGGAGCAGUGGCUAUUAAAUCGGCCGUGGCCAAAUCAGGAGUGCCAAAGGAGAAAAUAACAGAUGUCUACAUGGGGAAUGUACUCCAAGGCGCGGUUGGUCAGGCCCCGGCUCGGCAGGCAUCUAUGUUUGCGGGCCUUUCUCCUACCGUGGAGUCUAUGACUGUAAAUAAAGUGUGUGCUUCAGGCCUCAAGGCUGUGACAGUGGCUGCCCAGAAUAUUCAGCUUGGUCUGGCAGAUGCCCAGGUCGCCGGUGGAAUGGAGAAUAUGACUAGAGUCCCUUACUAUCUGGCUCGGUCUAGUCAGUUGCCAGCAUUCGGGGACAUCAAGUUGCAAGAUGGCUUGAUCAAAGAUGGACUGUGGGAUGUCUACAACCAAUUCCAUAUGGGCAUUUGUGCCGAGCAGACCGCAAAGAAGUACGAGAUUUCCAGGGAGGACCAAGACCAAUACGCGAUUCAGUCGUACCAACGGGCUCAGAAGGCAUGGGACGAGAAUAAAUUCGCCGAUGAGAUUGCCCCAGUUACAGUGAAGGGCAAGAAGGGAGAUAUUGUGGUUGAACGCGAUGAGGGGUAUGAGAAUCUGCGCAUUGACAAGAUGGCGACCUUGAAGCCUGCCUUCCUCAGAGACGGCACUGGUACCGUGACUGCGGGCAAUGCUUCUACCAUGAAUGACGGAGCAUCAGCCUUGGUUUUAGGCAGCAAAGAAAUUGCCCGAGAAUUCGGCCAGGGUAACCGUGCUCUAGCGCGCAUUGUUUCUUCUGCGGAUGCCGCUAUCGAUCCCGUCGACUUCCCUAUUGCCCCUGCUAAGGCAGUCCCAAUCGCCCUCGAGCGGGCUGGAAUUACGAAGGAUCAAGUUGCCGUGUGGGAAUUUAAUGAGGCAUUCGCUGCCGUCAUCAAGGCCAACGAAAAGAUCCUGGGCCUCCAAAACGCUAGGGUCAACCCCCUUGGAGGAGCUAUCUCUUUGGGACAUGCUCUUGGCAGCUCUGGGUCCCGCAUUCUGGUAACCCUGCUUCAUCAAUUGCAGGCCGGCGAAUAUGGUGUUGCUGCUAUUUGCAAUGGUGGCGGUGCCGCCAGUGCCAUGGUUAUCCAGAAGCUGGACAAGGUUGAGUGA